AUGGCAACUGCUCCUGUUUCGCCACUAGCAAGCUCUAUGGAGAAAACAAAUGGAGCUAAGCUCAGCAGACUUCUCAUUGAUGGUGGAACAACAGUUCUGAGGACCAUUUUUGAUGGCUAUCACCCACCGGCUAAUCUUUCUACUAGUCUCAAUGCCAACUACUCAACCCUUCAAUCCCUCUUAAAGAAAAAGGUCCUGCGUGCAGCUCAGUGGGACAAACUGUUUCCAUCUGGUGGAGUAACACCAGACUCAAACACGUUUGACAUCACUCUCUUGUUUCUUCUUCUCACCAACAUUUGCGGACUUUCCCCUCCUCUCUCGGGGUGGCAUUCCAUGCCAUCUCCGAGUGACAACUCCCUUGAGGCAAACCUUGCUCGGGUAAAGGUCUUCCGCAAUGAGUUGUAUGGUCACGUGUCCACUACUGCUAUUGACACGCCCACUUUCUCUGUUUUAUGGCAGAAUAUUAGUACUGUCCUUGUUGCCCUUGGCUUGGAUAAGGUAGCCAUAGAGAGAUUAAAACUAGAGCACUCUGCAGAGGAAGACUAUAUUGAAAUAUUAAGAGAAUGGGCGAAAAGUGAAGAGGAUACCAAGUCGCAACUGAUGGAUAUCUCACAAUCUCAGACUGAAAUAGCGCAAAGUAUCGAAGAAUUGCGUCAGGCUCGUCUUGAGGACUCCAAGGAGCUGGAAGAAAUGAAAAAUACAGUUAUCAAAACUAGGCAGGCCGUCGAGAGCGUAGAGGAUCGUAGAAGAAGGGACAAAGAGGAUGAAAUUCUCAAAGCACUCGCAAAGAUUGACACAGGAAAAGAUGUCGAAUAUCAUUCAGAACGAUAUCAGGAAGGAACUCGUUUGUCUAUUUUGACAAAGGUGCAGGAUUGGAUGGAUGACAGAAGUUCUGAGAAUCGUGUUUUGGUAAUCAGCGGACAGGCUGGUAUGGGAAAAUCUGUGAUCUCUGCAGUUGUCUGCAAAAGAAUGCUAAGAGCUAACAGACUAUCUGGAAGCCAUUUUUGUCAACAUGGCAAGGCACGCCGCAGGAAUCCCAGAGUGAUGCUUCAGUCUUUGGCUUGUCAGCUGUCUGACAUUAUUCCAGAAUACAAGAGUGCCAUUCUGGAAGUACUGUCAAGAAAUUUAGGAGGAGAUCUAAACAGCAUGGAAGUUAGUGAUCUCUUCGAAUUGCUGCUCAUGGAACCUCUUUCUAAAGUCAAAGACCCAGGAAGGAACAUCCUAAUGGUAAUAGAUGGCUUGGACGAGAGUGAAUACCAAGGCCGCAACGAAUUGCUUGAUGUGAUUGCUAGUAACUUUUGCAAACUCCCAGCGUGGUUUCGAUUUCUUGUGACAACCCGUCCUGAAAUCAACAUCGCCGAUAGUCUCAGGGUUUUGGAGCCUCUGCAGCUUGAACCAAGUGAUAAUGAGAACUUACAAGACAUCCGUCACUAUCUUAACAGGCGUCUAAGCCAAUUUGGGCAGUUCGAAAUCCAAGAGGAUGUUUUGAAUUAUCUUGUGGAAAAGUCAGAAGGAGUAAUGUUAUUUUCUUACUUUUUAGUUGAAUUUGUUGGCAAAAUCGAGGCCUUUCUUACCCCAGAGCUGCUGGAGAACGAUUUGCCAUCUGGUAUUUCAUCCGUUUACGAGUCCUAUUUCAAACGUUUAGAGCAAGAACUUGUAGAGGAACUGGAGAUUAAGGACGAGCAUUUUUUUGCUUUCCUAAGUGCAGUUACAGCUUCGAGAGAGCCAUUACCAGUUGCUUUUGUCGCAAAAUUGUUCCAGUUGGACACCAGGACAUCAGUUGGCAAACGGAAAGUUAAAAGGGCAAUUUCUUGCAUUUCAACUCUUCUGCUGGUUGAGGAUGAAAGGGUCAAGUUCUUCCACAAAUCAGUCAAGGACUGGUUGACCGUUACUUCCUCGUAUGGACAGCACAACUUUGCAUUAGAUUUGAAUGAAGGUCAUAGUAUCCUUUCUAAACUUUGCCGUGAGGAACUCGAUCAAAUUAAGGAUCGUGGUGUUAUUGAUCGAAAAUUUUGCGACACUGAAACAUAUUCCCUACAACACGGUGUCACACACAUGCUUGAGGAUGCAAGGUCACCGAAUAGUAAAGAAUUGGUGAGGUUGUUUGUCUUGGACUUGGAACUCGUUUACGCUAAACUCUGUGUGGAUCACGCAACGGCAGCCGAGGACAUUGUACGCUGUCAGAAACAGGAAAUUUUGUCAGUGCUCCCUGAAGAAAGUAAAACUCUCUUGGAUGACUUAUUGCUUUUGUUGAGAAAAUACCACGAAAGUUUUAAAGAUCCUGGUGCAUUUCUGCAAACUGUGUUGAAUGAGGGAGAAGCGAGACUUUCUUCCCAGGCAUCAAGUCUUCUGAGUAAGAAAUUUCCCCAUAUUACUUUCAUGGAGUUCAUAUACAAGGAUGUUCAUGAGGAGGCUCCCAAAGCCGUUUUUCCAUGUUCAGCUGCAGUGGUCUGUUUUGAUGUGUCGCCGCAGUCUGACUACAUGGUGUGUGAGUGUAAAGAUGAGAUGCUUUACCUGUGGUCGCUUCGCACCGGCAAAUUAGAAUGGAGACGUCCUUGCAAAAUAAAGAAACAAUAUUCACAUGGCAAUUUCACGUAUCGAACGUCGCCUUCCUCUGAUGUCUUCUCGUGCUACCGUUCGGUUGUUUUUCAUCCUUCAAAGGAAGUUGUCCUACCAGGAAUCCUUAGUUCAGCCUAUUCGUUUGAUGGAGAUCUGAAACCACUUUUCCCAAGAAGUAACUGCAUAUUCACUGUUUGUUCACUGUUGAAUGCAAACGGCGAGGUCCGGUUUGUAACAAAUUUUCCGGAUGAUGCCAAGUGUAUUAUAUUGUGGAGUCUUGAAAAUGGUUCUCAGGUUGCUAGUAUUCACAGGGAUGAAGAUGUUUUAUCGUUUGCUUGUUCUCUUGAUGGGAGGAUGCUGGCAGUUUCUCAUACGUCGGGCUCGAUUUGUUUGAUUGACACAAUAAACAAGUUUAGAAUACUGGCAGAAAUAAACAUUCCAAGCGUUUGUGGGAUAAUCAAGUUCUCCCCUGACCAUACGUUCCUCUUCUGUUGGCACGAAAGUCAUGCACGACGUCAUGAAGUUUAUCGGCUGAACGUUAAACGUAUCAACCAAGACACAUUUUCGCUUCGCGUUUCUUGUAACGUUUCAUACAAACCCUGGGAGUAUGAAACUGCCAGUAAAGCUGGAUUUUUGUUAGGAGAUCCUCUUUGUUGCAUCUAUGAGAACGUCUUUGGUCACUCAUUUCUUGUAGAACGAGCAUUUAUCUUUGUCCUUUCUGAGAAAAUUGUCUUGAGGCGCUUUCCUGAAGGUCGUUCAGUGGCAAUGUUCAGUGUGGAUGAGAUAAGUAGCUUCACCAAUUCAGCACAUCACCCACACUUAUCUCGAGCCGUAAAGAUGGCGUUUUCGCUAAAUGGAGAGAUUCUCUAUGUGAUUUCCGAAGUUCUAGCUGAAAGAGAAGUAAUGGCUUGGAACGUUCGAUCGGAAAACCUCACAGCAAGAAUGAUGAUUGGAAGGACAAGAAGGGAGUGCCUUACGCCUGUAGCGGAAGGCGUAAUUAUCGCCAAAGACUGUGGUUGUCCCGAACUGUGGGAUUUUGAGUUGUCUAGGUGUAUCCGUUCUUGGUCACGGGUGUGCAACAUUACCAAUGUGAUUCCCCUGUCAAGAGAUCACGUGGCAUGUGUAGGGGCUGAUGAUAAAGAGGUGAUUAUCCUGGAUUCGAGAAGCACAGGCGUAAAGGCACGCAUCCCAUUUUGCCGUGACCAAUAUGAAUCAACCAUUGAAACGUUGGGGAGAGAGGCCAUCGCAUGUAACAGCAAAUACGAAGUACUGUCCACAGACCGAAAAUCCAUUCAGCUGUCGAAUAGUGAAGGUGUUAUCUGGGAAAAGAAAUGGCACAAUUCUCUGUUGUGUGGCUACAGUCUCCCAGGAAUGUUCUCGCCAAAAGAGGAAUUUGUGUUAUUCUCGGCGAAACGCAAUGAUUGUGAUGAUCAGGAGGUAGUUGUUCUCGAAGCCUCUUCCGGGAAAGAACAUUCCAUUUUCUGUAGAGGUGCUUCGUUUUUUGACUGUAAGUUCGUCAGUAAUGAGGAAUGUGUCAUUGAUCUCGAGGAUACCUUUUCGCAUUUCGGUCUUCGUCUGUUCAAUAUCAGGAGCGGUGACCUACUCUGUGUGAUGGAGAGGGUGUUCAGAACGUAUUGUCUCACAACCUGUCUGCUGAACCAUGCGAUCGCAAUUGACGUAAGCGUUGGCUCUGAGAAAAAUUUCAGAAUUAUCCUGGUAAACAACCUUCCAAGUGAAGAUAAGAAGAACAAAAUGUAAGUUUGAUGUUGAAGAUGAUUAAUUACUUUUCCUGCUUAUAAAAGUUGGGUGGUUACUUACAUUCGUCGAUCUUUCAUAUCUUCUCUUAAAAGCCUAGUAAACGGAACACCUAGUAAAGGAAACGCUUAGUACUUUGUUUCUCGAUAACUCCGAAAGGAUGGAGCCUGCUGUCGCAUACGUACGUGCAAGUGUCGUGGCCGGGUGAUCCCCGGAGUUACGAAUAGAAGAAGAGUUAGUUUUCCUUAUCACUUUCAAGUAGACCCAAAUCGUUAUUAGUGUGAAACCAAAACCGCCCACCACUGAAGACCAAAAGAGGAAGCGUAUCUUAAUAUGAUAAUUGUUUCCUGAAAAAUUAUGUAAACAUUUGCAGACUGUGUUUAUUCUCUUCACUGCACUAGUGGUGACUGUGAAUCAAGGACAAUGAUACUUAGAUUCAACACUGGGAAUAGUUUUCCUUCAGCAAUCCAAUCAUAGUUUACUUAGUAAGGAAGGCUUAUUGUAUCAAAUUCCUUUUUAAUGAAAGCAUUUUGAUGCGUGGGCAGUGAGAGUAAAGUAAGCGAAAAUAAAUUUAUUUAUCUGCUGCAAUUGAUAUCUUUAAGUUUGUUGCAGGGUACCAAAGAAGCAGCCGUAUGAAUAAGAGGUCAGUAAUAUAAAAGGGGGUUAAAAAGAGCUCUUGUCUGCGUCAGAUUUUCGAAAUUUCUCAUUAUGAUAACACAUUCUGGAUAAGAAACAGAACUUAGCGAGUGGGUGCUUGCUAUAAAUGAUGUUGGCUGGACUUUGAAGACAAUGUUAAGAGCGUUGGUGUGUUCGCUCUUUGAAUCAUUUCUAUCAUGGCAUUGUCUUAUGCCCUUAAGUCUGUUUUUUUUCUUUACAAGCUUGAAUUUACCGAAAGCAUAGCGAGGGUACUCCACGCCCCUUUUUUUACGUUUCAUUGUUGUAAGAUGAUCUAGUUUACUCACUUGUUAUUCUUGGCAUAUUUUUGUUCUUCAGUGAAGUGAUGGAUGAAUUGCAGACUCUGUCGUGGGAGCCCUCCGGGCAGUCGGUACUGCUUGGUCAGCGUUAAAAACGAGAGACGAGCGCACUGUAAAUCAGGAGCCAUACGGAGAGAAAUGUCUUCCUCUUGCUUUCACGGACACGCACCAUACCAGAUAAUUUGCGAACAGCCCUGCCAGGCGCUGGAAGGGCAAAUGGACUGGUCAGUCCUAUUCUUUAGUCUUUCUAUGUGUAUAGUUGUUGUUUCUACCUAUAUUCCAAGGGAUGUCAGCUUUUUUUUAUCUGGAAGCUUUUUCAACAUCGCUGUCAAAGUGAAAUUAGUAUAGGUGAUAACAUGAUCUCGACUGCGAUUUGGUCCAAAUAAGCACGAGUAAAUUUUUCAAAGACAACAAAAUUGCAUGAGCCCGUAGGGCAAGUGAAAUUUGUAGUCUGAAUAAUUUACAAGUGUUUAUUACACCAAACUGCAAGAGAAAUCAUGUUAUUACUUGCCAAUAAUGUAGAUGACAAAACAUCACAGAAAGUCAAGAUAGAAAAAAUUCUGAAAGCGUGCGCGCGCUAUAUGUAAUUUGCACUCGUGUUACAUGAGAAUGCACUCGUUUUCAGCCAAUCAGAAGCGCGUAAUUUUUUCGUGUACAUUAUUAAGUAUUAUUACCGAUUAUUAGUCACUCAAGAUAGAAGUUAAGUGCAACUGGUCAAUGACUAGUUUUUCUCACUGUAAAACUAAAUUACAGUUUUGAGACUAAAUUUGAGAUUUUUCUGGUCAGAGUUUAAAGAAGACGGCACAACUAUUCAGAACAGAUGGUUAUUAUCAUUUGAAGACAACCCCCAGAUUAAGAAACUGAAACUUACUUUUUAAAGUUCGUGAUUUGUAAUCGCGUAAUUUUUUAUGCAUAUAUAUACAUUUGCGUCGUUUAACUCCUUUUUUUUUAUAAAACUGGGAAAACGUAUGUCGGUAUGAAUUGUCCAUGAGUUUAAGAAGACAUGUCUUUAUAGUGAGUCUUUAAUCUAUAGUUAUUUGUAAUUUUAAAGCUAUCAUCAGAUUUUUUAAUUUGGCGAGUUCUUGUUCAUAUGAUUGUGAUCUGUGCACGAAGUGACCAGUAUCACAGGGUGCUACUGCUGGACACAAGUUUAGGAACCUCUUGACUUUAUUUGGAUUUACGGUAUCCUACAAACCAUAGAACCGAUUUGUUUGACUUGUAAUGUAUCAGUCUAGGAGCACCUUCUACAGUGACCAAAACAGAUGCUAGUUAAACAUUGUAGUUGUCAUUAGGAUGCUCGAAGGAUUGUUACAACAUUAUUUGCUUCGUUUUAGGCUUUAGUGUAACCUUUGAAUAUUGUACUCUGGGUCAAUGAUUUUGCAAUUCACCGUACCCGUACGUUCAUCGUAGGGUCUCUUUUUCAAUGGAGGUCGCAAAUUCUAUAACUUUUAUGAAUCGAAGAAAAAGUGUAAUUGCUACGUUAGAUGUUUUAGGUUCUUAAAAAGAAUUAAGUAAAUUGUUCCUGCCAUCAUUUCAAUGCAUUAAUGUUUGUUAACCGUGCCAGACUUGAACUUAAGCUUGUUCCGAAAUAUUUUGG